UUUUAGCAACGUUUCGUUAACGAUUUAUUGAACCGGGAAGUCCGAAUCUGUCAAUAUCUUUCUAACUUUACAUAAGUCAACAGAAAGCGCCUCUACUGGCUGCCACUGUCACGAUUUGAUCCAGAUCCUACUGGGCCGACGACUAGACUGGAGGUGAAGCAAAAAGUUUUGGAAAUCAUACAGCUUCGGUUGUGAGAGGAUCAUCUAGACAUGCGGGUGGCAGUGAUUGGAGCUGGAGUCAUCGGCCUGUCAACAGCGCAGAGCAUCUACGAGCAGUAUCACUCCAUCAUUAGUCCUCUGACCAUUGAGGUGUAUGCGGACACUUUCACACCACUGACCACUAGUGAUGGAGCUGCUGGCUUCUGGCAGCCAUAUCUCUACGAUAAGGGCAACGUCCAGGAGACAAAAUGGAAUAAAGAGACAUUUGACUACUUGCUAAGCUGCCUCAGUUCACCAGAGUCCAUACAAAUGGGUAUAUUCCUUCAGUCUGGCUACAACCUCUGCACUGAACCAGCCCCAGAUCCCUCAUUUAAAGAUAUUGUCCUGGGCUUCAGACAGCUCACAGAACUAGAGCUGAAGCUGUUCCCCGGAUACAAUUAUGGCUGGUUCAACACUGCUCUCAUGGUGGAAGGUAAAGCAUACUUACCUUGGCUGAUGGAUUGGUUGCAAAAAAGGGGUGUGAAAUUUUAUCACAGGAAAAUAGAGUCCUUCAAGGAGCUGGCAGAAAGUGGGGCAGAUGUGGUAAUAAACUGCACUGGGGUGAGAUCAGGACAACUUCAGCCGGACCCUGAGCUGAAACCAGGCCGUGGUCAGAUAGUAAAGGUGGAUGCUCCGUGGCUGAAGCAUUGGAUUCUUACCCACAAUUUUAAAGGAGUCUACAAUUCAUCAUACAUCAUUCCAGGGAGUCGCCUCGUGUCAGUCGGAGGGAUUUUCCAGUUAGGAAACUGGAGUGAGCAGAACAACUCCACUGACCAUAAAACAAUCUGGGAAGGCGCUUGUCAGCUCGAGCCUAGUCUCAAGCAUGCCAGGAUAGUGGGGGACUGGGCCGGCCUCAGACCUGUUCGCAGCAAAGUCCGACUGGAGAGGGAGACCAUCCAGUCUGGUGCAACUGCAGUAGAGGUGAUACACAACUACGGCCAUGGAGGUUUUGGUCUCACCAUUCACCGAGGCUGCGCCCAGGAGGCAGCGAGGCUCUUCGGUCAGAUCGUGGAACAAAAGGGCAAAGGUCCAAAAGCUCGAUUGUAAAUUUGUAGUGAUGGGUGCACUUCUUUUUUAAAUUUCAAUGUCAGUGCCUUGUAUCCCAUACUGCACAAACUGCUCUUGUUUGUAACUAACAUUCAGAGCAAACAUAUAUUGGGUUGAUUACAUCACUUUAAAACAAUGUUUGUAACUUGAAAGAGGAGACACUACUCACGUCCAUUAUUAAUUAACAGAUGGCUCAUUCACAAGGAACAAAAUAAUAGUUAAAUUUGUAGAAGGUUUUGGUAAUUAAAACAAGUGUACAAAUCUUUGAAAAUGUUCUCAGUAAAUGAAGAAAAAGUAGACAAACUUCCUGAUAAUGAUUAUAAUUUAUAUAAUCACCUGAUAUAAUCCCACUGUUUAGUAAUAAAUAACAACAUGAAUCUACUGCUCUUUUUGAAAGAUUAUUUACGAUAAUAUCAUACACAUUUACAUCCAGUGCAUUCACAAUAAUCUGUGCAGACAGACACUUAAUGCAGCUCUAUAUAUCAAACACUGGCAGGUAAAGAGUCGGCUUGCCGAACCUGAAUUCUUGAAUCUCUCUCUCUUUUUUUUUUUUUUUAACAAAACUUUGCUCAGUGUGUCACUCAGACUGGGCAAAGUCUGUCUCCACAUCACCUUUGUUACAUACAAAAGCUAAGACAACAACUAAACCAGGUAUUGAUACAUUAUUUACAAGAUGAGAAAGACAGAAUGUAACAUCCUGUUAAGGGGUUGUGUAUACUAUGUACGUGUAGGUCAAUGUGUGCACAGCCUCAAAGUCUGGUAGAGUCGAGAUCGUAACACCAAAUACUUGUGUUAGUGUCAUUUUUUAAAAAUCAUUAAACACUUGCUAACUAGGUUGAAUCUGCUUUGAAUUUACUAAUACGUCAACGUUAAUGUAAUUAAUGUUGUCUUCAAAUGUGGACUCGUUCCAGUUGUGCUAUAAUUAUGAAAUAUUGUCGGCUGUAUGAUUAUUAUGCUCUGAUGAAGGCUUCGGCAGAUUUGUCAUGUUGUGAAUAAAACUGCUUCAUAAUGA